AUGUCAACUGCCAGUGUAGCUUUAAGCCCAGGAAUUGAAGAGUAUUCUUGUUUCCCUAAAAUUUUGCACAGACGUCGUGAGAUUUUGAGCGACUCAAUCUUAAUUUUUCUCUCUGUUGGUGUGUCUUUCUUUCCCAUGCGUGUAAUGGAGUACAAUUCAAUAGCUUCUGUGAAGCUGAGAAUUCAGAAUUCGAAAGGUUUUGUGAGGAAGCAGAAGUUAGUUUUUGAAGGGAGAGAAUUGGCUCGGAAUAAUUCUCUUGUCCCGGAAAAUGGGGUCACUGAUGGGAAUGUACUGCAUCUGGUGUUAAAGCUUUCAGAUCUCCAGGCUAUCACUGUUAUGAUUGUAUGUGGUAAAAAGUUCGAGUUUCACAUUGCAAGGGGUAGAAAUGUGGGUUAUGUGAAGCAACAAAUUGCUAAGAAGGGAAAAGAAUUUCUUAAUCUCAAGGAUCAAGGACUGGUAUGCAAUGAUGAGGAGCUUGAAGAUCAGAGACUAAUUACUGAUAUCUGCAAAAAUAAUGAUGCCAUGAUUCACUUGCUGGUUCGAAUGUCUGCUAAAAUACGGGCUGUACCUUUUGAAAGAGAUUUUGAAGUUUCUAUUGAGGCAAUGAAUUUGAAUGUGAGGUCAGAUGCAGUGGGACAAUACCUGGGUGGCACAUCCCCUGUGGAAAAUCAGGUCAUGAAGAGGAAGCUGUUGCAACGAGAUUUUAUUUUGGAGCCUUUGGUUGUUAAUUCUAAGAUUCAACUGCCAAUACUUAUUAAAGACCUAAUUGACUUAACUUUUGAUGGAUUAGAGAGUGGCAAUAUGCCUAUCCGGUCAUCGGAGGGGUCAGGUGGAGCUUACUUCAUGCAAGAUUCGUCUGGUCAGAAGUAUAUCUCGGUCUUUAAGCCUAUUGAUGAAGAGCCAAUGGCUGUAAAUAACCCACGUGGCCUCCCCUUGUCACUAGAUGGUGAAGGGUUGAAGAAAGGCACAUGUGUAGGACAAGGUGCAUUGAGGGAAGUUGCAGCUUACCUGUUGGAUCAUCCAUUGGCUGGACCUCGCUCAUUUGAUAGUGGAGAAAAGGGCUUUGCUGGGGUUCCUCCUACUGUGAUGGUCAAGUGCUUGCAUAAAGGACUUAAUUAUCCAGGCUGUUAUGAGUAUGAUUCCAAGAAUAUUCAGAUUGGGUCACUGCAGAUGUUUGUUAACAAUGUUGGAAGUUGUGAAGAUAUGGGCCCUCGUGCUUUCCCAGUGGAUGAGGUGCACAAGAUCUCUGUGUUGGAUAUAAGGUUGGCAAAUGCAGAUAGGCAUGCUGGAAACAUGCUAGUUACAAAAAAUUGUGCAGAAGGUCGGGUUUCGCUUGUUCCUAUUGAUCAUGGCUAUUGCUUGCCUGAAAAUUUUGAGGAUUGCACAUUUGACUGGCUCUACUGGCCUCAAGCUCAGGAACCUUAUUCCCCUGAUGUCAUUAAUUAUAUUAAGUCGCUGGAUGCUGAAAAUGACAUUGAACUCUUGAUGUUUCAUGGUUGGGAUAUGCCACCUAAGUGUGCUCGCACCCUUCGUAUUUCCACCAUGCUUCUAAAGAAAGGUGCAGAGAGAGGACUUACACCCUUUUCUAUUGGAAGAAUCGUGUGCAGGGAAACAGUGAAACAGGAGUCAGUAAUUGAGCAGAUUGUUAGAGAAGCAGAGGAAGCUCUGCUUCCUGGAAUGAGUGAUGAUGCAUUCUUUGAAGCUGUGUCAUUGAUCAUGGAUCGGCAUCUUGAUGAACUGACCUCAUAAGCCCUGAGGCAACUAGUUAGGUAGCUUUGCACGUCUGCAUUUUCUACACGCAGAUUUAUAGCUGAACGAUGAUGGUAGUAGUCCAUAUUUUUGUUAAAUGGUCUUGCAUAAGUUCUGUGUAAUAUUGGGUUGUUGCUGGAACUUGUGUUUCCAUCAUCUGUUUCAUUUUGUUCAUACAUCUAACUCUCCCGUGCAGCACGUCCUUGGACAAUACUAUUACCGAGAAAUCCCUUAAAGCAAUCUAUCCAAGAACAGUAACCAGAUUUUAGUUGUUUGGUUACUAUUUCUUUUUUUUGUCUUUUGGGUUACGAUUGAGGUUUGAACUUGAGACUUUCAGCCUUAAACCGACUCUUGUACCAUUGAGCUAACAACUUAUUGGCAGUUGUCUGGUUAUAGCUAUGUGAAUAAUACAUAUACUUU